GGUUACCAAUGAACUCGGACAAAUGGUUGGUUUGUGGCCAGAAAUGUGGAAAUAAUAAUUUAACGAACACAAAAGAUCCUUCAAAUAGAGAAUGGCAGCCGAAAUUGCUUCGUGUAAUCAUGUUCAGUUUCAUUGUGAACCACCUCGAUUUAGUGGAAUCCUUUUACGGCUUACCGGAAAUGAUAGUCGAGGAAAUAUUCACCAGCAAAGAGCUUAGCGAGGAAAAGAAGAAAAAUCACAUGCAUUUAGCUAUUGAGGCUUGCCCAGAACUUUUCAGGGUGUUACAUGUAGAACGAAACCCAACCAUGGCUGAUAAAUUGUACAACUUGCCAUUCAGUGUGUUAAACGGGAUGAAGAAAUUGUUGAUUGAGGGGUGCGAUUUGAGCAAGGAACGUCUUUUGAUUACUGGAAAAGAGUUCGAAAGCUUAACUGUUCUGCAGUUGGAUGCGAGCCAUUUGCAUGACGAGGAUUUGAGACUGUUAACUGGAAGGCAACGUGUUUAUAAAACAGGCUGUUUGGAAAAUCUAAGGGCACUGUCACUGUGUUGCAAUCACAACCUCAGUCAAAAGUGUCUCCAAUACUUCAACUGUUUCACAAAGUUGGGUAAAUUACGUCUAUGUGGAAAGCAACUGUGGUCAUUUUCGGGCAAGGAAAACAUGAAUGACCUAAGCAGCAAAUGGACUCGAGCUGAUAUGGCUAAUAAAAUCGACAAUUAUCAGUAUGAUUUUCAAAAAGAAAACCCAGAAGAGGAUAAUUGGCUGAUUGAUUUGUUCUACAGAGUUCAUCAGAUAAGCGAAUCUAAUGAAUCAAAGUUGACGAGAAAAGAGAAACAAAGAUUAGCAGAUACCUUUCGAUGCAACAGAACGGAAUUGAAUCAAUUUUAUGGCGAAGAAACUGUGAAAGAUUUCAGAGCGAUCAAUUCUGAGUGCUCUAUAGAAAGUUUUCAAUUCUUAUAUCGACAACCAGUAUCGGAAAGAUUGGCUGAGACAUCAGCAGCCAGUUCAGCACCCUUGAAAAGGAAACGAGACGAAACUGAACGUCAAAAUCAGUUUGACUUGAAAAUGUUGAAACUUUAUUUGUGAUUUAGAUUUAUUGUAAUUGAAUUAGUGAAUUUGAAUAUUUGUUUUUGUUAAUAGAAUUUUUGCUUU